AUGGAUUCCCCGAAGCUGAAGAACCAACUGUUCAUCAAUAAUGAAUACAUCCCCCCAAAGUCAGGUCACUUUCUGACACUUCGAAACCCUCGAGACGACAGCAUCCUGUCUGAACAAAUUCCCAUUGCAGGCAAGGAAGACGUCGACAAUGCGGUGGUGGUAGCACAAACGGCCUUCAAGACCACUUGGGGUCGUCUUCCUGGUGUUGAGCGAGCUAAAGUCCUCCUCAAGUUUGCUGAUAUUCUUGAGGAAAAUAUCCCUCUCCUUGCUCGACUGGAAAUGCUUGCGAUGGGUCAACCGAUUGGCGUGGCCAUGGAGCUUGCCAAGUUAGGGCCUCCUGUCUUUCGCUAUUACGCCGGGUAUUGCGACAAGAUCUAUGGCCAAAUGCUUCCGGAAGAUGGCAACGGUGAAUAUAGUCUGGUGCAGUAUCAACCGAUGGGUGUUUGCGCCGGUAUUGCAGCCUGGAAUGCGACAAUGAUCUUCUUCGCACAUAAGGUGGCUCCUGCUCUAGCCGCGGGAAAUACCUUCAUCUUCAAACCAUCAGAGAAAUCGCCGUUAGCAUCUUUGGCUUUGGGAGAUCUCAUUAAAUCUGCGGGAUUUCCACCAGGAACCAUUAAUAUCAUCACCGGUGGCGGCGAGACGGGAGCUCUCCUUGCUUCGCAUAUGAACAUCCGCAAAAUAAGCUUCACAGGCUCUUCUGCAGCUGGGCGAAAGGUGCAACAAGCUGCGACGGCCAGCAAUCUGAAAAGUGUGACGUUGGAGUUGGGUGGAAAAUCUCCUUCCAUCAUCUUCGACGACGCUGACAUGGAGAAUGCUGUUCAUCAUUCUUCGGCAAGUUUUUUGCUCAACUCCGGGCAGGUAUGCGUUGCGGCUUCUCGACUGUUGGUCCAUCGGAAAAUUGCCGAAUCAUUUAUGGAUCAGCUCAAAGCUCGCUUUGAAGAGUUAGCUGGUGCGAUGGGCGACCCUGAGUCCCCAGAGUCAUACCUGGGUCCCUUGGCUGAUAGGGCGCAAACAGAGAGAGUGCUCGGGUACUUCGAACAGGCUCGAAAAGAUGGUGUGCGAUUUAUGACCGGCGGAUGCAAACACGAAAGGGGUGGGAACUAUAUUCAGCCUACCAUUAUGGUCGACGGAUCUCCGGAUUCGGUCACCUGGACCGAAGAAAUUUUUGGUCCUGCACUAUCGAUCCGGAUAUUCGACACUGAAGAUGAAGCCAUUCAGCUGGCUAAUGACACCUCUUACGGUCUGUCGGCGUGCGUGUACACGAGUGACAUCGCACGUGCUUUGAGAGUGACCUCCUUGAUAGAAGCUGGGAACAUCGCCGUUAACUCCAAUUAUCUUCCCGGGCAUACUGUUCCGUUCGGCGGCUGGAAAGAGAGCGGUAAUGGUAGUCGAGAAGCAGGCCUAGCAGGUUUGAAGAGUUUUAUGGAGACCAAAUCUGUGCUCAUAAACAUGAAAGUCGGACCUAGGCUCUAG